AUGAAAAAAAUUACUUUAAUUCUUAUUAUUCUUGCCUUUAUUACUUUAGUUAAACCAGAUUUUGACUACGAAAAUGAAAAGUAUGUUAGUCAAAUGCUAAAAAGUACACCUAGUUACUCAUUUGAUAAUGCAGAAUUUUGGCAUCAUUCACCGACAAAACCAACUGGUAACCCUUCGCCUCCUGGAGGCUCACCUAAUUCACCAAUUCCUAAUCAAACUGGUAACAAUCCCAAUCCGGCUGUAAACCCUCCUAAUCCGACUGGUGAUUUUUCCAAUCCUAAUUCCAAUCCGGCUGGUGGUUCUUCCAAUCCUAAUUCUAAUCCCAAUCCUAAUUCCAACCCGACUGGUGGUUCCUCCAAUCCUAAUUCUAAUCCCAAUUCGACUGAUGAUUUUUCCAAUUCAAAUUCGACUGGUGGUUCUUCUAAUUCCAAUCCGACUGGUGGUUCUUCUAAUCCCAACCCGACUGAUGGUUCUUCCAAUCCUAACCCGACUGAUGGUUCUUCUAAUCCUAAUUCUAAUCCCAAUACUAAUCAGAGUGGUGGUUCUCCCAAUCCGACUGCCAACUCUCCCAAUCCGGUUACUAACCCUUCCAAUUCAAUAGCCGGUACUUUAACUCCUAAUCCGACUGCCAAUGCUAUCUCUCCAACUUCUACCAGUCCUUCACCCAGCUCUAGUCAUCUCUCAAUUCCCACUCCACCUACUAUUAGUAACACUGCUCCUUUUAUUGUUAAUCCUUUGAUUAUAGGUUUCUCAAUAAUCAUUGGAAUAAUUUUACAAAGUUUUUUAUAUAAAAUGGCAUAUUAA